GCGGCCGGAGGCGCACGGAGGAGCCGCUCCGCACCGAGCGCGGCCCCGCGGCCCCGGCCCGGGCCCGCUGUCGGCCCGCGACCCCCGGAAGCGGCCCGCGACCCCCGGAAGCGCACCCCUCCGCCCCGGUUGCCCCGGAAGCGGAUCGCACACUGAGCCGAUAACGGCUGCCCGCGGAGGGCGGGGCCGGCGGCACCAUGGCGGAGGAGCAGCUUGAGGUGCUGGUGAAGACGCUGGACUCGCAGACCCGGAGCUUCCACGUGGAGCCAGAGAUCACGGUGCGGGCCUUCAAGGAGCACAUCGCUGGCGCCGUGUCCAUCCCCGCCGAGAAGCAGCGGCUCAUUUAUCAGGGCCGGGUGCUGCAGGACGACAAGAAGCUGCAAGAAUACAAUGUGGGGGGCAAAGUGAUCCACCUGGUGGAGCGGGCCCCCCCUCAGGCCCAGUCGCCCUCCGGGGGGGGGCCCUCGGGGCUGGGCUCCUCCUCGGCCCCCCACAACGGCGGGGGGCCGCGGGGGCCGGGGGCCCCCGGCCACGACCGCAACGCCAACAGCUACGUCAUGGUGGGGACCUUCAACCUGCCGAUUGACGGCUCGUCGGUGGACGUGCACAUCAACAUGGACCAAGCCCCCAUCCAGAGCGAGCCCCGCAUGCGCCUGGUGGUGGCCCAGCACAUGCUGCGCGACAUCCAGGGCAUCCUGAACCGCCUGGAGGUGAGCGGAGCCCCCCGGGCGGGCGGGCGGGGGCCCCGCGCCCCCCCGCGCCCUCCCGCCCCGCUGCCCUCGGCCCCCCCCGCCCCGCAGGGCAGCAGCGGGGCCCCGUCGCCCGCCGAGGGGCCGCCCGAGGAGCCCCCCGCCCCCCCCGCCGCCGCCGCCGCCUCCGAGGAGCGCGCCGAGCCGCCCGCCGAGCCGCCGCCGCCCGGCCCCGAGCCGCCGCCGGCGCCCGAGGCCGCUGCCAACCACCCGGCGCCGGGCGAGUACCUGGAGGUGCUGCUGGAGCUGCGGCGCCUGGAGGGGCGGCUGGAGCCCUUCCGGCAGCGCUGCCAGGAGAUCCUGGGAGCCGCCGGCUCCGCCGACUACAACAACAACACGGAGGCCCGCGAGGAGGACCAGCGCGUGAUCAACCUGGUGGGCGAGAGCCAGCGGCUGCUGGGCAACGUGCUGGUGGCGCUGUCGGACCUGCGCUGCAACCUGGCCGGCGCCGCCCCCCGCCACCUCCACGUCGCCCGGCCCCUCGCCCACUACGCCGCCCCCAUGGUGCUGCAGCAGGCCGCCAUCCCCAUACAGAUCAACGUGGGCACCACGGUGACGAUGACGGGGAACGGGGCGCGGGCCCCCGCGCCCCCCGGCCCCAGCGAGGGCACCCCUGCGGCCUCCCCCCCGGGGGACCCCCCCGAGGGGCGCCGCCCCCCCCCGGGACCGCCGCCGCCCCCGGCCCCCGCCGGGGCGCCGCCGGGGCCCCCCCGCGUCAUCCGCAUCUCGCACCAGACCGUGGAGCCCGUCGUCAUGAUGCACAUGAACAUCCAGGACUCUGGGUCGCAGGCAGCUGGGGGCAGCGCUGGCCCCCCCGGGCACGGCCUGGGCAUGGGUGGGGCCCCCCUGCAGCUGCCCCCGCUGCCCCCCGAGUUCCUGCAGGCCGUCGCCCACCAGAUCACCCAGCAGGCCGUGGCCGCCGCCGCCUCCGCCGCCACAGGCCAGGCGGUCGGGGGCUUCCCGGCCCCCGCACGGGUCGUCAUUGCCCGACCCCCCCCGCCCGGGCCCCGGCCCACCCACCCCGGCGCCCCCCAGGCCAGCGCGCCGGGCGGGGGGGGCGCCUCGCUGGCGCAGGUCAUCAGCGGCCUCGUGGGGCAGCUCCUGAUGCAGCCGGUGCUGCUGGGUGAGGGGGCGCCGGGGGCCCCCGAGGCGCUGCCGCCCGAGUUCUUCACCAGCGUGGUGCAGGGCGUGCUCUCCUCCAUGCUGGGCUCGCUGGGGGCCCCCCAGGGCAGCACCGAGAGCAUCGCCGCCUUCAUCCAGCGCCUCAGCGGCACCCCCAACAUCUUCGAGCCGGGCGCUGAGGGCCCCAGCGGGUUUUUCGGGGAGCUGCUGUCGCUGAUCUGCCAGAACGUCUCCAUGGUGGACGUGGUGAUGCUGCUGCACGGGCAGUGCCAGCCGCUGCAGCGCCUGCAGCCGCAGCUGCGCCGCUUCUUCCGCGAGCACUACCUGGGCGGCCGGGAGCCCACCGAGGGCAACGUGCGGGCGGCGACGCACGAGCUCAUCACGGGGCUGGAGGAGUUCAUCCGCGAGAGCUUCGCCGGGGUGCGCGUGGCCGACGGCGUCGACAUCACGCGGAGCAACGUGGAGUUCCUGCAGGAGCAGUUCAACCGCAUCGCGCUGCACGUACUGCGCUGCACCGACGGCAGCUUCGGGCCGCGGCUGCUGGAGCUCUGCAACCGGGGCCUGUUCGAGUGCCUGGCGCUGAACCUGCACUGCCUGCGGGGGGAGCGGGGGGCCCUGGCCGCCCUCAUCGGGGACCGAAUCCGGCGCAUGUCGGCGGACGUGUCGCCCUCGCUGGUCAGCUGGCUCACGGCCGUGGUGGGGAUGCGGCUGCAGGGCGUCCUGGAGCACAUGCCCGUCACCCCCGAGCAGGUGCUGCCCUACGUGCGCCGCCUCGCCGACCCCGCCCCCAGCCAGGCCCCGCCCCUCCCUGACAGCGCUCCCCUCCCCCAGCCCUUGCCUGAGGAGCCAAUGGACGUGCAGGAGGCGGAGCCGCCCCCCGAGGGGCCCCAGUGGGACGGCGCCGGCUCCCCUGCCCCCGCCACCACGGCCGAGGAGGCGCUGGCCCCCGAGAGCGAGCCCUGGGCCGCCGCCGUGCCCCCGGAGUGGGUGCCCAUCAUCCGCGAGGACAUCCAGAGCCAGCGCAAGGUGAAGCAGCAGCCGCCACUCAGCGACGCCUACCUGACCGGCAUGCCGGCCAAGCGCCGCAAGACCAUGCAGGCCGAGGGCCCCCCGCUGCUGCUGGCCGACGCCGUGGGUCGCGCCGCCCGGGCCACCGGUGCCCGGCCCCUGGGCCCCCCCGAGAGCCUCAGCCGGGAGCUCGGCGAGGGGCCGCUGCAGGAGGGCUACCGCCAGCAGCUCCAGGCCGACCUGCAGCAGCGGCUCCGCGACGACCCCGACUUCUCGCCCCGGCGCUUCCCCAACGCCCAGCGCGUCUUCAACGAGGGCCCCCCCCGAGGCCCCCCCCAAUAAAGGCUCUGCCUCCCUCCA